CUCUUCAAGGGGCCUUUCUAGAGCACAUACAUAUACUUCAACGCAUUCCACAAGUCUCGCAAGUAGUUCCUGUGCGUACUGUUGAACAACUUGAUUCAGUUGAUGCCUUGAUAGUACCUGGUGGAGAAUCUACGGCUAUUGCCCUAGUUGCUGAACGUUCUGGGUUAAUUGAACCUUUACGUAAAUUUGUACGCUCAAAGCCUACAACCAAAAAAGGAGGUCAAAGUUUAAUAGGUGGAUUGGAUAUAACCGUUAAUAGGAAUGAGUUUGGAAGUCAGAUCGACUCUUUUGAAUCUGCUAUUCAAAUUAAUCAUAUCACAACCUCAUCCAGUGAUCUUUUUCCAGCAGUAUUCAUUCGUGCACCCAUAAUUUCAUCCAUCAAUUCACCUGAUGUAGAAGUCUUGGCUCGACUGCAGUGUACUACUGGAGAAACGGAUGUAUCUGCAAUUGUAGCCGUUAAGCAGGGUCAUUUAUUAGCAACAGCUUUUCAUCCUGAAUUGACUAAUGAUGAUCGGAUACAUAGAUUUUUUGUAAAAGUUGCAAUAGAUUUUUUGAAUGAAAAAAAAAGUUAA